UUAGUAUCCAAAGCCUCCGGCAGAGACCUCCACCGUCUGGAAUUUCUGCCAACUGUCAUUUUCCAGAUGAUUCACAUCAAUUAUCCCAGCCCCAACCCAAUUUUUUUACAUCUUUUAGCAUACCACACUCCACUGUGUAUGUCAUUCAUUCGAAUCAGCGACGAUGGAAGAAAUUUUGUCCAAACUACUCGUGGCCAAUAGCAAAGUCAUUCAACAGGGCACCAAAGAACUGAAGGAGGCUUUCAAAAAACCAGAAGCGAUUCCCGCUCUUUGCGAAGUGAUAGUUUCGUCGUCAAAUCCUCAAAUCAGACAAUCAGCCGCUGUGCUGCUCAGGAGAAAACUCGGCAAAAAACGACAAUGGAACAAAUUGGAUGCAGAAACGAGGAGUCGAAUCAAACAAGGGAUGCUGCAAGCGUUAGUCAAUGAGCAAGAGAAGUUAGUCAAAAAUGCAAUUGCCCAGUUUAUUGGGAUUCUAGGCAAGCAUGAGUUUCCGGAAAACACGUGGCCGGAAGUCUUGCAAUUUAUACACACACUGUGCAGCAGCGACAAUGUUUUCGACCGGGAGUUGGGGAUGUACACCUUGUCCAUAAUGACUGAGAUCUCGCAAGGCUCUUACAUAACGCACGCCGAUUCGUUUGCGGUGCUGUUUUCGAAUAUUUUGAAUACUCUUCCUGAAUUAAAUUCGAACCUAGCUUACUACACAGUGGUUACAAUGAAUAAUCUAGUGUCUGUAAUAGGCGGCCAUCAGCAAAUGGUAAACGUUUACCAUAAUUUACUGCCUCGUGUAUUAGAAAUAAUCAACGCUUUUGCUCAAGAAGACGAAAAACGCGCUUGCGAACUAUUUGAAAUCCUCGAAGAGCUGAUCGAGUUUGCGGUCGCGGUGGUGGUACCACACGUGCGACUGAUCGUAGAAAUGUGCCUUCGCAUCGGCAGCGAUAACACCAAACCAACAACAGUCCAAAUUAAAGCAAUUAGUGUUGUGGGCUGGUUAAUUAGGUCCAAGGGCAAGGUUAUCCAAAAAAAUAAACUCGUCGAACCAAUUAUCAAUGUUUUGAUACAACUAAUGGCCCAACAGCCGGACGACGACGUCAACGAGGAGUACUUCCUAGGGGACCCGGAUCAAUUCACUUCCAUUACUAUUGCCACUCAGACUCUAGACUUGAUCGCUUUGCACAUACCUUCAGAGAAGGUUGUUCCGUAUUUACUGACAAGAGUGGAACCGGCGAUUCAAGGGAAUGAUAUUUAUGCCCAAAAAGCGGCAUAUUUAGCCUUGGCUGUGCUCGCAGAAGGGUGCUCUGAACGGAUUAGACACAAAUAUUUAGAACCGUUUUUAAAAUGCGUCUGCAAUGCGAUUCAUAAUCCGAAUGCUGUGGUCAGAAAUGCCGCGUUUUUCGCUCUUGGGCAGUUCGCCGAGCAUUUACAGCCGGAAAUCAGCCAAUACGCGGCCGAACUCCUCCCGGUACUUUUCGAGUACUUGGGCCAGGUUUUCGCCCAAAUGGAAAAAGAUAAAUCGGAAUCGGCCAGUCUUGAUCGACUUUUUUACGCAUUGGAAACCUUCUGUGAAAACCUCGAUGAGGGUUUAAUGCCCUACUUACCCACCCUUAUGGAACGUUUGUUCGUGGCACUUGACCCAAACGGCUGGUCCUUGAAGCUAAAAAGAAUCGCUUUAAGUACUCUAGGUUCCGCAGCUAGUGCUGUAAAAGAGGGUUUAUUACCCUACUUUCCCAAAAUAAUCGAGGUGCUUAACGUUUACAUUAACGCCGAUCCGAAUACGGAAAUACAUCAAAAUCAGAGUUACGCAAUAGAGGCACUUGCUGUGAUUGCACAAUUUAUCGGUGUUGAGAAUUUCAAGCCUUUGGCGGCUGAGUCCUUGCAACUCGGGUUGCGAAUUUUGGAGGAAACUGACGAUCCAGAUGUUCGAAAAAGUGUCUAUGCGUUAUUUGCAGCCCUUGCGAUUGUUAUGAAGGAGGAAAUCAGUCCAGUUUUGCCAAAAAUUGUCGAACAGAUGAUCACUAGCAUACAGAGUAGUGAGGGCAUUGUCACACAUUAUGAAGACGAGGAAAAGGAAGAUUUGGACGUUUAUGCCGACCUUUCGGACGACGAUGAAGAAGAAGAGGAAGAUAUCGAUGGAGCAUCGUCCAGUAGCGCCGAUUCGACUCAUUGUCGCUAUUCGGUCGAAAAUUCCUACAACGAGGAAAAAGAACAAGCGUGCUUGGCACUUAGGGAAAUUUGCAUCAACACGGGGAAUGCCUUUUUGCCAUAUAUCGAGAAAAGUUUCGAGGAAAUCUUCAAAUUGAUAAAUUAUCCACAGGAUGACAUACGCAAGGCUUCGGUCGAAGCCCUCCUCCAGUUUUGCAUAGCUUUACACAAAAUCAACUCAAACGAAACCAAGCAAGCUCUCUAUAAAGCUUUACAAAUGUUUGUACCAAAAUGUGCCGAACUUAUCCGAACCGAUGAGGAACGAGGCGUUGUCAUGUGCUGUUUGGACGCUUACGCUUCCCUGCUUGAGGAAGUUAAAAGUGACGUUUUGGUCGGGGAAGGCCAUCGGGAGGCUAUCAUGAAUUGUGUCAUUGACGUCCUCACGUUAAAAACAAUGUGUCAAGACACAGAUUUGGACGCAAAUCCCGAAAAUACAGACGAGGAAACAGAGGCGGAACAAGACGAGUUGUUGCUUGAAUCAGCCGGUGAUGUUAUACCGAAGUUCGGAGCGGCGAUAACUCCCGAUGAUUUUGUUUUAUAUUUCCCGAAUAUUCUCCAACUGCUGACGCAGAGAACUAAAAAACAGCACAGUGUAAGCCAGCGUUCGUUUGCGUUCGGCACUUUGGCCGAAUGCAUGAAAUCGCUGGACGUCUACGUCGAAAAAUUCGUUCAGCAUUUGCUGCAUUUGUGGCUGACUGGGGCCAAAGAUUCGGCCGACGAGGUGCGAAAUAACGCGAUUUUCGGUCUUGGCGAAAUGAUUUUGCACGGGAAGGACCGAAUUUUCGGGUAUUUCCCCGAUAUACUCCAGGCUUUGUCCACUGCUGUGGCUAAGGAGUCGCACGCAGGGACUCUGGAUAAUAUCUGCGGUGCUUUAGCUAAGAUGAUUAUUGUUAAUCCUGGGGGAGUUCCCCUGGAUCAGGUGCUCCCAGCGUUCCUCCAACGCCUGCCUCUCAGGGACGAUUUCCAAGAGAACGAAGCUGUAGUUAAGUGUUUCUUUACUUUGUAUCAACAGGGGAAUCCCAUCCUGCGCGAGCAUUUAUCCAGUGUUAUCAAAAUUGUGGUUCAGGUGUACGACAAGAAACAAUAUCCGAAUGAUGAAACCAAAAAUAUUUUAGUGGAACUGAUCAAAACGAUAAAUAGGGAUUUUAGUGAAGAGUUUGGGAACACAGUGUCUUCCUUAGGACCAGAAGUGACUAAAUCGUUACAGAAUUUGUUUGCUACUUCUUAAGACCAAAACCUUAAUUCCUGUCCUGGCAAUCUCAGAAGUUUUUUUAUUUUUUGGGACAUGUGUUAAUGUUUUUUGUUGAGUCAUAUUUUUGUUUAUUUAUUGUAUCUGUGUAUCGACUAUAAUAAUGCUGCAUCUUAAGAGUUUUAAAGUGAUUACUACUGUUUUUAAUAAAAAAUUGCUUCGGU